AUGCGGAUGAGACGAAAGCUCGCCAGUGACAAAAGCAACGACGAAAAGACCGACGACGACGACCAUCCGAACAUCUCAUCGAGAAAAGCGAGAAGGCGAAGAAGGCGAGGUAGUAGUCGACGACGUUCACGUCGCACGGCGACUGACGUCGUCGUCGUCGCUGAAAACGUAGAAGAAGAAGAAGACGACGUAGAAGAAAUAGUGGAUUCAGAAUCGGAAGAUGUUGAAUCCAAUGUAUAUGAAACAUCGGGCGUCGACCCCCAAUCCACAAGUAUCAUAUCAACCGUCGACGUCCUCAUUUCAACGACAUCAUCGCCCUUCGUCACCUGGAAUUUCCUUAGGCCCACCAUCGUCCCCUCCAUCUCUCUAUAA